UAUCUGCUCCCUGAAAAGCGCGAGAUGAUGAUGCUGCUGCAUUAUUUCAGUUUACGCUCCACAGCAGCACUCCCUCCGACUCAUCAUCAUCGCAACAUGCUCCUCCCCCUCCCUUGUCCCUCCGGCGCCGCCUCCUCCGUACGCUUCUUCUCCUGUCUCCGCCACUCCCCCGAGAACAACGCCGCCGCCGCGAAUAGCUCGCCGGACCGCCACGCCCUCCGCACUCACAACUCCAAGUCGACCUCCCUCCUCCUCGGCCACCUCUCCGCCCAGACGCCGGAGCCCUCCCCGAACCCGGACGCGGACCCGGACCACCUCGACAUCCCGCCUCAAGACAAGGUCAUGCUCCUAGAGACUUCUCUCUCCGCCAGACGAACGCCUCAGUUCCCCGGCUCCAUCUACGCCCCGUCUCUGAGCGACGCGGACGGCGCCUCUUCGCGGCCGCCUCUGCGGACGCUGUUUCGCGACGGAACCGGCGGUGGCGGCGGUGUCGGUGACGAGGAGAUGAUAGUGCGCGCGGUCGAGAUUCGGAGGAAGGUGACUGCCGAAAUUCUCAAGGGAGCGAUGAUGAAGGGCAAGUUCGGGAUCACUUACACUGACAAUCUGGUGGGGAGGGUGCCGGCGUUCGUCGAUUACGUUAUGAUUGAGGCUGCCGCGAUGAAGCGGUCGCCGGAGUUUAUGGAGUCUUCCUUUAAUGUUCGCGCGAAGGCUGUUGUGGAGGACUCGAAUUUUGUUCCAUUUAUAAGGUGGUUGAAACACAACUCUCUGUCGUACCCGCAGAUAGGGAAGCUAAUAUGUAUGUCGAGGGGAAAUCUCGAUUCAAUAAGACGAUUUGCUGAGUGGUUGAAGUCCAUUAAUGUUAAGGGAAGAUUUCUCGGGGUUGCUCUCAUGAAGGCGGGAGAUAAUAUACUGGAGCGAGGGAAUGAUGAACUGGAUGAGAUGGUACAGUAUUUAGAGGACAACGGGGUCAGAAGGGAAUGGAUGGGCUAUAUCAUGAGCCGGUCUCCUCAGCUGUUGUCUUACAGCAUGGAAGAAGUGAAAUCUCGUGUAGCCUUCUACUUGGAUAUGGGAAUGAAUGAGAAUGAUUUUGGCACGAUGGUUUUUGACUAUCCCAAGUCACUGGGCUACUUUACGAUGGAAGAGAUGAAUCAAAAGGUGCAUUAUUUGAAGGAGUUUGGUCUCAACAUUGAAGAGAUUGGCAAAUUACUAGCCUUUAAGCCUCAACUUAUGGGUUGCAGCAUUGAUGACAGAUGGAAGCCUCUGGUAAAGUACCUGUACUACCUUGGAAUAUCCCGUGAUGGUAUGAGGAGGAUGCUCGUCGUUAAACCAAUGGUAUUCUGUGUUGAUUUGGAGAAAGUUAUUGCACCAAAGGUGCGGUUUUUCCGGGAUAUAGGCAUAAGAGAUGAUGCUAUUGGCAAGAUGCUGGUUAAGUUUCCACCAUUACUGACGUACAGUCUGUACAAGAAAAUCAGACCAGUGGUUAUCUUCCUAAUGACUAGAGCUGGAGUUACUGAGAAAAAUAUAGCUAAAGUAAUAGCUCUUGGACCCGAGCUUUUGGGAUGCAGCAUAGCAAACAAGCUCGAGAUCAGUUUAAAGUAUUUCUUCUCACUCGGCAUCAGAGUUCGACAGUUGGGUGAGAUGAUUGCUGAUUUCCCCAUGCUUCUCAGAUAUAAUGUAGACAUCCUUCGUCCGAAAUACCGUUACUUGCGAAGAACUAUGGUGCGCCCUUUGAAGGAUCUUAUUGAGUUUCCGAGGUUUUUCAGCUAUUCUCUUGAGGGUCGCAUAAUUCCUAGGCACGUCAUUCUGGUGGAAAAUAGGGUUAACAUGAAGCUGCGCUACAUGUUAGCCAGCACCGAUGAGGAGUUCGAGCAGAGGGUUAAGGAUGCAAUCGAAAGACGACGCAAUUUUGAGUCCAGGAUUUCAAGCGAGAAUCUCUCGAAUUCUUUCACGGCAGAUCAACAAUUAGAAGGGGCUGCAGUGGGUUUUACUCGAACUGAGAUUACAUACUCAAAUUCUCAAGAAUCUGAACCGUUGAAUUGCUCAGACAGUGUCAACAUCUCUAGCAGUGAUGAGCAUCGUUCGAGUUCAUUACUACAUCAAAAUUAAGAUGUCUGUUCCUAUAAAUCAUAGUCCUGAUGUACAUGAUGCAGAUUAGUGCUUUACUUUGUACAGAGUCCUAUCCUAAACGCGAGAUUGGUUA